GCUGGAUGCCGGGAGCCGCUGCUGGGGUGCCUCGUAUAUGCCAUGUCCGACUCCCGCUCGCUGGAGGCCCCCUCAGACCCGGGGUCCGGGGGCGGCAGGCGAACGUGGGCCGAGCUGCUGGCGGGACGGGUCAGGAAGCAGAAGUUGGAUCCUGAGAGGGAACAGAAGUUACAGGCAUCAGCUGUGGGCCUCCUGAGAAGCCACCUGAACUUGAAUCGCCUUUUGCUUGAGGUAGAGGGUCCGCCACAUAAAAAAGUUUGUCUCAGCCCGUUGAUUGAUCGUGACAGCCCUGAGGCCUAUGCUGAUCUUUCUUGUUCGUUCAUAGGUUCUGCUUUGCGGGAUCAAGCCUUGCGGCUGGGGGUCCCAGUGGCAGUGCUGUCCAGCCAGAUGGUCGCCUCUAGCAUUGUGCAGAUCUGUGAGGCGGGCGCAGAGGCCCCUCAGGGGGUGCUGUUGGACUCAGAGCAAAGAAAAAAGCUAUCUUCCUUGUUAGAGAUCAUUCGAUACUUAUUAGCACACAGUAUGUUCUCCCGUCUGUCCUUCUGUCAAGAAUUAUGGAAAGUACAGGUAAAUUUGAGAUUGGGCAGGGUGUCCCGACAACUGCAUGGGAGCCCUCCCUCCCAGGCCCCUCUGAAGUGGACGGUCUGUGAGACUCGUGGCUGCCUAGAGACCACAGUGUAUGUAAAUACUUCGGUUUUGUGCUUUUCAGAUUUUGUGCAAAUGUUUGUUUUGAGGGGAUUUCAAGAAAACUCAGGUCUGAGAAGAAAUGUGGAGCCUGAACGGAUGCCCCAGAUCGCCGUGACCGUGCUUCAGAGAAUGCUGGCCUUCGCACUUGAAGCCUUGGCUGCUGGCGUGCAGGAGGAGUCCUCAGCACACAAGGCAGUGAGGUGCUGGUCCUAUGCGGACUGGUUCCAGGCCUCUUUUGGGAGCGCGAGGGGCCCCCACAGCUGCAGCAAGAAGGCGCUGGUUUUCCUCUUCAAGUUCCUGUCAGACCUCGUGCCCUUCGAGGCUCCCAGCUACCUGAAGGUGCAUAUUCUCCACCCGCCACUUGUCCCCAGCAAGUACCGCUCCCUCCUCACGGACUACAUCUCGCUAGCCAGGACACGGCUGGCCGACCUGAAGGUUCCUAUAGAAAACAUGGGGCUCUAUGAGGACCUGUCUUCAGCCGGGAACAUCACUGAGCCCCACAGCCAGGCAUCCCAGGAUGUUGAGAAGGCCAUCACAGUGUUUGAACACACAGGAAGGAUUCCUGUUGCCGUCAUGGAGGCCAGCAUAUUCAGGAAGUCCUACUAUGUGGCCCACUUCCUCCCCGCCCUGCUUACACCACGAGUGCUCCCGAGUCCCCCCGAUAGCCGAGCGGCCUUCGUAGAGUCCCUGAAGAGAGCGGAUAAAAUUCCCCCAUCGUUGUACUCCACCUACCGCCGAGCCUGCUCUGCAGCUGAAGAGAAGCCAGCAAUCGCAGCCCCAGAAAUGAAGGUGGACCCCGGCUGUGGUGAAAGAACAUUGGGACUGCUCACGGCUGCACUACGAGAGCUCAGGGCCACCAUGACAGACCCCGCCCAGUAUGACGCCGUAUCUGCUCAGGUUGCCGUGGUUUCCGAAAGGCUCAGCUCCGCCUUGGGCCUCGGCGAGGACGACAGCAGCAGUGAGGCCUCGAAGAUCCAGCUCAGCGUCCUCGCUCCUGAGCUGGAGCAGCAGGAACAGAAGGUUGUGGAUCUCCUGCUGACGUCUUUCUGUCAGAACCUAAUGGCAGCCUCCAGCUUUGUGCCACCGGACAGGCAGGGCUCCUGGGCCGCCCGCUUUGUGAUGGCCACCUGUGCCCACACGCUCCUUCCUGCCGUGCUCACCAGGCUGUGCCAGCUGCUGCGUCACCAGGGCCCCAGCCUCGGUGCGCCGCACGUGCUGGGGUUGGCCGCCCUGGCCGUCCACCUCUGCGAGGCCCGGCCCACACUCCCGCAGGUGCUCCUGGGCCCUCCUUUUCCUGCCGGGGGCUUGUCCGUCCCUGAGUUCUUCAGCACCCUCCUGCCGUGCAGGACCCGGGAGUCUCUGUUCUUCUGCCUCAGAUUUUGUACAGCAGCCAUUUCUUACUCUUUGUGUAAGUUUUCUUGUCAGUCACGUGAUGCUAUGUACAGCUGUUUAUCUCCAGGUCUUAUAAAAAAGUUCCAGUUUGUUGUGCUCAGGUUGUUCUCAGAAGCCCGAGGCCCCGUCUCUCGGGAGGACGCGGCCAACCUUCCCUGGAGGCCCCUGUACCUGCCCCCCACGGACUGGCAGCGAGCUGCCCUCUGUCUGUGGAGACACACAACCUUCCGGGAACUGUCAAAGCAGAAGGAAUUUCACUUAUCUUACAGAGACUGGUUACAGCUGGAGCUAGAAGUUCAACCUGAGCUGGAUGCUCUUUCAGAUACAGAAAGGCGGGACUUCCAGCUGUGGGCCAUCCACGAGCAUUUCCUCCCAGAGCCGCACACCGCUGGGGGCUGCGACGGAGACCUGGAAGCCGCGUUCACCGCCCUUGUCGACGCGCUGCUGGACUUCUGCCACAGUUCAAGGAGUUACGAGCGCUCAGAGAAUUCUGACUUGGUUCUCGGUGGCUGCAUGGGAAAUCGGGAUAUUUUUUCCAGAUUGCAGGAGAUGGCGGUCGACCUGAAGCAGGGCCCAGCGGUGCCCCAUGGCCGUGCUCCCUCUGGGGGGCACAUCCUUUUCGGGGUCUUCCACAGACGGCUCCAGGCUCUGGCAAGCGGGUGGGACGUGGCCUCCCGUCUUCAGAGACAACGGGAGCUACUCAUGUACAAAUGGAUCCUGCUUGUCCUGCCUCCAUCUGUUCUUGUCGGCAGCCCCCAGAUGGAACAGCCAACCACCCCCGACUGCGAUGCGUUCUUCCACUUGGUCAACUCCGAGCUGAGAAACUUGUGUUUCCAUGGAGGUGCCCUGACCCACGACAUCACCGUCCACUUCUUCCGGGGGCUCCUCAGUGCCUGCUCGCGAAGCCGAGAUCCCUCCCUGGCGGCCGACCUGGCCCUGAGUGCGUGCCAGACCCAGUGCCCCUUGCUUCUGACGUCCGCUCUGUUUUGGUGGCCACGCCUGGAGCCUGAGCUUCAUUGUCGCUGGAGGAGCUUCCCGGGCCCAUCUCCCCGAGGGCUGCAGAUGCUGCAAGAGGCCCAGCAGUUUGCCAGGAGCUUUCUCUCCACCGACAUCGCGGCCCCUGCACCGGGCCCGGCCUGGGUGUCUGCUGCUGCGCUGUACUUCACCAUCCAACGAGCCAGGACCGAAAGAGGCGGCCUGGAGGGGCUGCACAGCCUGAGUGAGGAGCUAUUGGUUUUCCUGUUUUUCUUUUCCUUGAUGGGCCUGGUGUCGUCACAUCUGACCCCACACGCUGUUGACACCCCAAAGGCCUUGGACCUUUGUGCUGAGGUCCUAGGCUGUCUGCAGAGGAGGACGGCGUCCUGGCUGCAGAUUUUUCAGUUAACAGAGACGGAUGCUGGCCUGGGACGCAUCCUCCUCCGCCUGGUCCCCAACCAGCACGUCAGCCUGCUGCCAGUGGCCUUCUACAGCCUCCUCCCUUGCUUUGAUGGAGAUGCCCUUGUCCGGGAGGACGCCUUUCUGCAUGUCGCUGUGGACCUGUACCUGCAGCUGCUGCGCCUCUUCGUGGCUGGGAACACGAGUGCACUGCCAGCACUGGCCAGCAACAGCCAGGAACUCCAGGGCCAGGCAGAGCGACCCUGUGGGCCUGUUAACAAAAGCCCGUCUUUUUCUGCUGCAAUUGAUACCUCGGUGCCCGAGAAAGAGCUUCUCCAAUAUGGCAGAGCUGCUGACUGCUCACGGAGACGGCGACCCCGAAGUGACAGCUGCUCUCCUGCAGGCAGCAGGCCACGCCUGAUUGGCAUCUCCCAGGAGCCCCCACCUCCUGUGACCGGCGCCUGCGCAGUGCACAGCCCGCUCCUCUGAAUAAUUUAUUAGGC